AGAACCAUACCAGGGCCCGAAUUCGGUUCUACGCGUUGAAUUGUGCGUCUAGUCGAGUCUAUUGCCCCCCAAAUCAAAAGUGCGAAAAAGACCAUUUUAACGCGAAUCAAGGAGCUCUAUCGUUUUCCUACUGAGGUGUCGAUGCAAUAAACAACUAAGGAAGCGAGUCCUACAAUGACUCUGCAACCUGUAAAAGAACCAUUUGAGCUAAAAAUAAACGCAUUUUAAUGGAGAGUAAAAUUAGGGUUUUUUUGGGUUUUCUGGGCUCCAUUGAAGUGAGGUGUCACUUGUCCUGUACCAUUUGUAUAGCUGGUUAGAGAGAGAGAGAGUGUGUGGAGAGCGAGGUGUGAUCUGGUUUAAAAUGCCUGGAUCUGGCUAGAUAGAGAGAGUUUUAGAGAGAGAAAGAGGUGGGGUUUUGGUUUUGGGAUUUGGAAAUGGCUGUGGAUCCGAGGCAGGUGGUGGGCGCUUUCUUGACGCUGUCCAUGUUUGCAAUGUUGGCGAAUAUGAUAAAGAAAGAUCAUUUUGAUACAAUGGAGGUGAAGCUACCAGGGACCUCAGGUGUGCACCUUGAUGUGUUCCCUUCUGUUGCAGAGGGUAGAAUAGAGACCAUCCACACUGCAAAUAUUGUGAAAGGGCCAUGGAAGCAAAGCAAUUUUUUGAAGCCUUGUUGGACCAAUCCUGGAUCAAAAGAAGGAGAUCAAGCAAAGGGUUUUAUCACAUUCUCUUUAUCACAUGGUCCACAUUACCAUGUCUCUCAGGUUGCAGAUGCAGUAGUCGUAGCUAGAUAUUUAGGUGCAACACUGGUAAUACCUGACAUUAAGGGGACGAAAACGGGGGACAAAAGGAAGUUUGAAGAAAUCUACAAUGUUGAUAAGUUCAUGAAGAGCCUGAACGGUGUAGUUAAGAUUGUGAGAGAAGCACCGAAUGAAUUAAGAACAGUAAAACCAGCACCCGUGAAGGUCCCCAGUCAAGUGACUGAAGACUACAUUUCUGAACACAUUGAACCAAUAUUCAGAAUGAAGGGAAAUCUGAGACUAAAAACUUUCUUCCCUGCUGUUAAUAUGAAAAUAAGAGAGAAGAGGAGUGAUAUGGAUUCAGUGAGGUGUCUUGGAAUGUUCGGGUCUCUCGAAUUGAAGCCUGAGAUUCAAGAAGUGGUAGACAUGAUGGUCCAAAGACUAAGAACUCUAAGUCGUUCUUCGAAUGGUAAUUUCAUUGCAGUAGAUUUGAGUAUUGAAUUGCUGCAACAAAAGAGUUGUCAAGUUAGUCAAAACGAUAACUUGGCAGGAAGGAAAAGGUGUUAUACCCCAGGAGAAGUUGGCACUUUCUUAAGGCAAAUUGGCUUCCAAAGUGAAACAGUUAUCUAUUUAACUCAGUCUGGAUGGCAUGAGAGUCUGAGUACCCUGAAAGAAAUAUUUCCAAAGAUUUAUACCAAGGAAAACAUCAUCCCUGCAGAGAAAAAGGACAAGUUCCUCAAAUCAGGAAGCCCAGGUUUGGAGAAAGCCCUCGACUUCCAUAUUUGCUCGAGAAGCGACGUCUUUGUCCCUGCCAUUUCUGGUUUAUUUUAUGCCAAUGUUGCAGGCCAGAGAAUACCUUAUGGAAAAACUCAGAUUCUGGUACCAAAUGGAUCCUCCACUUCUACCUCGGCCACGGAUUAUUUGUCGGCUUUUGUAUCCCAAAAGAGUCACCUCGCUUACUCAUGUUUCUGCUAAAAUCAUCGACAAACAUAGUGGCGUUUCUCUCAUGGUUAAUUCUUUAGAAACAUGGGCUUCAGCCUUUUCCUUUUCUUUCUCUUUGAGUGUGAAACACUGGGUUUUAGGGACCGUUAUUCAAAUUCAACAUGGUCCACGGACCCCAAGUCAAGCUUUGAGUGUGCAGAAAAAUGAUAUACAAAAGAGUUCAUAUUGUACUGCCAGUUUGUGAAAAACAAAUCAGUAUUUUUUUUUAUUAUUUCUUUUUAGAAAGUUCAUAAGAAGUCAAAUAAGUUGUAAUUGUGUGUGUUAUACUGUACCAACAGUCUAUGAAUGUUGCUGUAAUAUGUAACAUCUGAGCAGGAUCUUCACAUUU